AUGUGCAAAGAGUUGGUCCAGUUGACGCCUCUAUCAGAAUCAAAUCUCCAAACCCUUUUUCUGGGCCUCCUGGAGGUUCUUGACGAUGCUUCCGUCUAUUUUCAGAUUUAUGCUCCGCAGAUACAUAAGGCUUGUGCCGAGGAGCUUUUAGCACAUGUCCAGAAUAUUUCAAGGGCGCUGUCAGCUUCUGUGAAAAUAGCUUUUAUCCUGGAAGAUGAUCCGCCGGGGGGUGAUCCGACAUUCAGCAAUGAACCUCUUUCUCCGGAAAAUGAAGCUUGGUUCCAAACUCUGCGUGCAGAUAUUGACAAGUUGAUCGUCUGCCGUCUCCUGCAAGACAGACCUCAAUGGUACAUGCAUGAAUGGUCAUUGAUUCAGGCGAUAUCUAAGGUUCCAACAGUAUACUUGUUAAGUUUAGCAAGAAUGGGCUGGGAGGGAAUACCUGAGUCGCUGGGAAGAUCAACAAUGGCCAGCCUGACUAACACCCUGCCAACGUCACUAGAAAGCUGGGUUGACGCAAGUCUUAAAACAAUCGAGCCCCAAGAUGGCCACUGGCUUCAGGCUACCUUAGGCUGGGUAGUGUAUGCGGCGAGGCCUCUGUGCCCUACCGAACUUGCCGUUGCUGUGGCCCUCGAUGGAUUUGGGGAAGCUGAGGCGUUUGAAACGCUAUCAGAUCGUACAACUUGCGAUAUCAUUGGAGAUACAUGCAAGGCCAUUGGCCCAUGGAUUCAAAUUACCGAUGAUGAUCAAAUAUUUGCUGAUGAGGCGUGUCGCUCUAUGAUUGCCCAGCGGCUCUGCCCAUCAUUUAGCCAUGAAGCUUUGCUGAGCAACUGUCUGGUUUAUCUCGAGCUUGUUCUACCGCAGUUGGGCAAGAAUCUCACAUAUGAAUCUACAGACCCUCGGCUUGGCCUUCUUCAUUAUGCUACGCUUUAUUGGCCUCAGCAUUGCUAG